AUGUCUGCAACAAUAAAGAGCGGGAGAGUGAAUGAAUGUGCGCAAUCUACCGACUUCUGUAGACAAAAAGGGAGCUUCCCGAAAUUCAAGAGGCGCGAUAGCUGUGCUGUGCUCAGUUAUUAUAAUUUUGGAUUUUUCGUGCCACAGUGUUUCGAUCAAGUCCAGCGGCCUCGCCAGCCCUCUGUCAACUGUGACGAAAACGUACGUUCUUGGUAUCACCCUCCGUACCUUCAUCCGUGGGCCGCCGCGAGCACAUAUUCGCCACCCCCGGCGACAGAUCAGAGACACACCGAACAGACCGACGCGCACUGCUCCUUCAACAUGGGCCGGAUGCGCGUGCGCCGGCUUCCCGGGGAAACCUUUGAGCUGUUGCUGAACCUGACGAACCGGCACAUCCACGCGCAGCUGGUGGAUCGAGCCGGCGGGCGCGUAAUUCUAGGGGUGCACUCCAACCAGCCGAACUUGCGUAAGGCGAUCGCAGGCCCUGACGCGCCGCGUGGAAAUUUCGCGACGGCGUCCGUCGCGGCGGCGCGCAUGGUAGGCGAAGCGUUUGGAACCCACGCCUCAUCGAAGGGCAUAUCUGCGGUGUACUGGACACGGCCGGGCAAGUAUCACGGAAAGAUUAAGGCUUUUAUUGAUGCUGUUAGGGAUCACGGGAUCGAGACGAAGAAGGCGCCCCCGAAGAAGAUGCCUACCACGCCGGCAACAGAUAAUUGAACAAGCGUGAGUGUGUGCAUGGGGGGGUACUCAGGGCUGGAGACGCACAGGCAAUAUGUCUGUAAUUAUCAGAUAGAGGCGACAUGCCCUUGAACGGACGUGAAGGGUUUUCGAGUAAACUGCCUGAAGGAAUCAAUACUCUAGUGAGAGAAGGCAGGAAGGAGGAAAGUGGGACAAGGGUGAGCUGGACUCCACGCUUAAUAGGUCCGCAGUGCCACUAUUCUGAAAGACACGUUUUAUGCAGGGCGAGGACAUAACAUUCACGUAGUGCAAUCCAAGCCAUCCCAGAAGGAAAAGAAUAUGACGGCGCGUGUUAGGUCCCCGUGUUGGUGGUGAUAGAGGAUCGACUUUCCUCGAAGUGCCAUACUGUAUCUUACCGCGCAAGGGCUCUACUUGCAUCCUGUCGUAAAUAAAUUUAUUUCCAGAGGUGGAUCAUCUCUGGAUGCGCAUC